AUGGCCCCAUGGCUGUGCUCCUUCGCUAUCCUACUUCCCGUGCUGCAAUUCGUACUCGGCUCCCAGGAUUCCUGGCCGAUCCUCGGCAACGGCCUCCAACAGACGAUCCAAUGGGACCAUUACAGCCUCAUCAUCAACGGCGAGCGCAUCUUCCUGUUCGGCGGCGAAAUGCACCCGUUUCGCGUGCCGGUACCCGAAGUGUGGGAGGAUGUUCUGCAAAAUAUCAAAGCGACGGGAAUGAGGAUGGUUUCAAUCUACACGCACUGGGGGUUCCACGCUCCGACGCCUGGCAAGGUCGAUUUCGACACGGGCGCGCACAACCUCACCCGCUUUCUCGAGAUAGCCAGAGACGUCGGCUUGUACCUCAACGCGGGCGGCAUGGCGCUCUGGGCCACCACGGGCGCCUACGGGGACGUCCGGUCCAACGAGACAGCAUACACGGAGGCGUGGACGCCGUACCAGGACGGCAUGGCGCGGCUGGUCAAGCCCUUCCAGAUCACCGAAAACGGUACCGUCAUCAUGUACCAAAUCGAGAACGAGUAUGCUAACCAGUGGCGCGACGUCGGCGCAAAGACGCCCAACCCCGAGGCCGUGUCGUACAUGGAGAAGCUGGAGGAGAACGCGCGACGGAACGGGAUCGUCGUGCCCAUGAUACACAAUACACCCGGCCAAGGCGGCAGGUCGUGGUCUAGAGACUACGAUACAGUCCGGGCACGAGGGGAUGUGGAUAUCUACGGGCUGGACAGCUACCCGCAAUGCUGGUCGUGCGUCACCCAAGACUGCGGCACCAUCAAGGACUUUGCCAUCGCCGACUACUGGGACCAUUUCCAGCAGGUCUCGCCAAGGCAGCCGCCCAUGAUGCCCGAGUUCCAGGGGGGUGCGAUGAACCCGUGGGACGGCCCAGCGGGCGGUUGCAAGGAGAGGACCGGCCCCGAGUUCGUCAACCUCUACUACCGCGACGCCAUCGCCCAAAAGGUCACGACGCUGAACCUAUACAUGAUGUACGGCGGCACGAACUGGGGGUGGCUGGCCGCGCCGUUCAUCGGCACCAGCUACGACUACUCGGCCGCCAUAGCCGAAGACCGGAGCAUCGACGCCAAGUACUACAAGAUCAAAAACCUCGGGCUCUUCACCCGCGUGGCAAACGAGCUGGCCUUAACCGAGCGUGUGGGCAACGGAACAGCAUACACGAACAACACGGCCAUAUUCGUAACCGAGCUCAGAAACACGGACACGGGGGCUGCCUUCUACGUCCUCCGGCAUGACAUCACGUCUUCGGCGUCUGCGGAAUACUUUAUGCUCCGCGUCAACACGAGCGCUGGGAAUUUCACGGUGCCUCAGAUUCAAGGUGCCACAGUGCUGAGCGGCCACGAAUCCAGGAUCACGGUUGUCGACUUCAAUUUUGGGAACAACACGCUGACAUACUCGACGGCAGAGGUUUUGACGUACGCCAUUAUCGACGGACGCGCUACGUUCGUGCUCUGGGUUCCCACCGGCCUCUCGGCCGAAUUCUAUCUGCAGGGCGUGGCCAACGUGACCGUCUCUGCACAUGCCGGAGCGCAGGGAAUCACGUUUGACAAGAGGGACGAGGGCGUGGUCGCCGGCUUCACGCAGCCCGAGGGCAUGUCUGUUCUGGACUUUGACACUGGCGCGCCUGCCUUGACAAGGGACCCUGGAGUCCCCGUCAACCAAACAGCCUUAGUCAUAGGGCCGUAUCUAGUCCGCUCAGCCAGCCUAGAGUCCGACACAAUUCGCAUAUUCGGCGAUUCCAACGGCACAACCCCUAUCGAGGUAUUCACCACGGCGGCCACGUCCAAGAUCCAAUGGAACGGCAAAGACCUGGCCACGACCCGCACAGGGCACGGCACACUACAGGCCACCAUCCCACCGCCGGCCGCCUUCGCUCUCCCCAAGCUCGGGCCGUGGAAGUCCCAGGACGGCCUGCCCGAGCGACGGCCCGACUACUCCGACUCCAGCCUCGCAUGGGUCCACGCCAACCACACGACAACGCACAGCGCCACCAAGGGCACCACGCCGUACCUCUACGCCGACGAAUACGGCUUCCACACGGGGGUGCGGCUGUGGCGGGGGUAUUUCGCCAGCACCGCCGCGAGCAACGUGACGGGCGCCUUCGUCAGCGUGCAGGGCGGCACGGCGCACGCCUGGUCGGCGUUUCUCAACGGGCAGCCCGUGGCGUCGUUCCUCGGCGACGCCAGCAUGCCGAUAGGGAACAUGACGAUUUCGUUCCCCAGCGGCGCGCUGCAUGACGGCGACGAAGACGGCAGGGAGAACGUGUUGCUGGUCAUGCACGACGACACGGGGCACGACGAGCUCAAGGCGGCGCUCAACCCCCGCGGAAUCCUCAACGCCACGCUCCUCGGCAGCGACAGUGGCGGCGCUCGGCCGCAGUUCGGCCGGUGGAAGGUCGCGGGCACGGCGGGGGGCGCCGCGCUCGACCCCGUGCGCACACUCUACAACGAGGGCGGGCUCGCGGCGGAGCGGCUGGGCUGGCACCUUCCGGGGUUCGACGACUCGCGGUGGCCGGCGGGGUCGCCGCGCGAGCAUAGUGGUGACGUCGGUGUGCGCUUCUACCGCACCGUGCUGGAGCUUGCGGUCCCCGACGGCCUCGACGUGUCGCUGGCCUUCCGGUUCGUCGCGCCGCCCUCGAACUUCACGGCGUAUCGCGCGUACCUGUACGUCAACGGCUACCAGUUCGGCCGCUUCUAUCCGGCCGUCGCCUCCGAGGACACGUUCCCAGUGCCGCCGGGAGUGCUAGACUACAGCGGCGACAACGUGGUCGCCGUGGCCGUGUGGGCGCAGACGAAGCUGGGCGCGGCCGUCGACGUCGAGCUCGUGCUGCGUUACGCCGUCGGCUCGUCCUUCUCUACCAAGUUUGACGGCGCGUACCUCCGUCCGAGCUGGAGGCCUGAGAGGCUGCUUUACGCUUGA